UCAUAUCCACUGCACGCAUGUUUUACCCAAAAAGCCCAUUUUUAGGGAACCCCCUGCUGGAGGCCGAGAUCCUGAAAGUGAAUUCGGCUGCCCUUGCUCCACUGCUGGAAUGGCUGUGCCGGACGCCGAAGGUCACCACGUAUCGGGUGAACACUCUUCGCAUGUCCGUUGAGGCCUUCCGGGAAAAGUUGGAGGAGAAGCUCGUGGCUCGCUACGGCCAGGAAUCCCCAAAGGUCUAUGGGCUGCCGAAACUGCCAGAGGUGUUGUGCAUUGAACCGCUGGCGGCGCGGUUGACGGAGGUUUCCGUUGAUCCCAACCUGAAGGAGGUCAUAGUGGACACUUGUUGCGGGGCUGCUUUGCUCCGAGGCGCCCAUAUAUACGCGCCCGGCGUUCUCGCUAUGGAGUCCAACGCACAGCUGCAGGAACUGGUUAGCGUGUAUGCAGAUCUGACUGGUAAAUGCAAGCGCGGGUCGGUUACCCGAUACUCCAGUUCUGAGAAGAUUUUUCUGGGCACUGGCAAGGUGCUGAUGCAACGCUAUCAGCUUUUCAACAACCUUGACAAACCCGCCAGUGGAAUCGCCGUGGAAAUGCAGUCUAACGUCAGCGGGGUGCCCCCGUUGGGCGAUUUGAGCAACGAAGAUGCCCUGCUGCAGAAUCUUCCCUCCAUCGUGUGCGUCCGCGUCCUGAAUCCGCAGCCCGGCGAACGCGUUCUUGACAUGUGUGCUGCCCCUGGCAACAAAACAAGCCAUAUAGCCGAGUUAAUGUGCGACCAGGGAUCCGUGGUGGCUCUGGACAACUCUGCAAGUCGCGUACGCAGCAUGGUGCCCAAAUUGGCAGGUUACAAGAGCAUUACAGCGCACGUGUUUGACUCCACCAAGGCAGUGGCACCUGACCUGGCACCCAGAGGAGAACUCAGUGGGCCUCCUUUCCCCUGUGGCAGCUUCGACCGCAUCUUGCUGGACGCCCCCUGCAGUGGCCUCGGCAACCGGCCACAGCUUUCCUGCAGCAUCAAGCAGGCGAAGGUGCUGCAUUCGUAUCCCAAUAUUCAGCGCCGUCUAUUCCUGCAGGCGGUGCAGCUUCUGCGGCCUGGCGGAACUCUCGUAUAUAGUACAUGCACCGUCACAGAGGAGGAGUGCGAGUGCCUGGUAUCCUGGGCGUUGAGGAAGUUUUCCGAGCUGCGACUGGUUGAUGCCACGCCCCGCUGGGGCGGUCCUGGUCUUCCGCUUCCCGAUUUUAAUGAAACCAAUUCGCGGCUGGUGCAGCGCUUCGGACCCAGUGGGGAAAAUUCAGACACGGUGGGUUUCUUCAUUGCCAAGUUUCAGAAAAAAAUAAAUGAAUAA